AUGAGUACUAAUAAUAAUACUAAUAGUAUAUUAUAUGGUCAAGAUGAUAUAGAUCCAUGGGCUGAUAAUAAUAAUGCUGCUAAUACUGAUAGUUCAACGAAUUUACCAUUUCAGUCAACAUAUUUAACAUCAUCACAAUUAUUAAAUAAACAAUCAGAUCAGUUAUCUAAAUUAUCAAUUAAAAAUGUUCCUAAUUCAUAUGAAAUAGUCUACUCCAACUCAAUGAAUCAAAUUCAAAAUGUAAAUGACUUUGAAUAUAUAAUAAUUGAUAAAUUAAUAUCACUUGGUUAUUUAACAACCUAUCAAAAAUCAAAAUUAUUAAAUUGUAUAUACGAUAAUGAUUUAUUACCUAUAACUUUAUCAAAUAAUUUUUACCAAAUUUUGGGUUUAAUUGCAUUAGAAAUUGAUGUUCCUGGAUCAGGAGAUUUUGUUACCCUCCAAUUUAAAUUAAAUAAUUUACCUAAUUUACCUGAUAAUUUUGCAAAAAGCUUUGAAAAUAUAAUUAAUGACGAUCCAUUAAUGGGAAAUAGUUCAAGAAUAGAUAUUGAACAAAAACAAUGGACUAAGAAACAACCAAAACAUGAUCCAAUUUUAAAAGAUCAUUCUGAAAAUAAUAUAAUGAUAGAAGAACAAAAUAAAGUUAAAGAUUCAAUUGUUUCACUGGGAUAUAUUGAAAAAUAUAUCGAUGAUUUGAAAGAUCAGUUUAAGCCAUUAUUUAAUGAUGUUGACCUAAUUAAAAUUAAAGAAAUUCCAGAAAAAGAAGGUAUUUUAUUCAAACAUAUAAAUUAUAUAAUUACUCAUGAUUUGAAAUUAGGUGAACGUUCAAGUUCUGGUACUAAAAAAGUUAUUCGAAGAUAUUCUGAUUUUGUUUGGUUAUUGGAAUUUUUAAAUCAAAAAUAUUCAUUUAGAGUUAUACCUGGUAUACCACCAAAGAAAUUCUCUGGUAUGUAAAACCAAAUUACUUUUGUGAUUAUGUUACAAUUACUUCUGUGAUUAUGUUACUAAUAUUUAACAGUAGGAGCGUCACCAGAUUCACAAUUUUUACAAAGAAGAAGAAGAGGAUUACAUCGAUUUCUUAAUCAAUUGGUAAAACAUCCAAUUUUUAAAGAAGAACCAGUUGUAAUUACAUUUUUAACAGUACCAACUGAUAUUUCAACAUGGAAAAAACAAGCAAAAAUUGAUUAUUCAUUAGAAUUUAAAGGUCAAAAAAUUGAAACGAAUUUUAUAAAUUCAAUAUGGCCAAAUGUUGGAGAAAAUUUUUUGAAACAAUGGGGUAUUGCAGAAUCAAAUAUUAAGUUUUUAAUUGAAAAAUGGACAAAGAUAAUUAUAUUAGUGGAAAGAUAUGAGAGAAGACAUCAACAGAUAGCAUUUGAUAAUGGUAAAUUUGAUGAAAUUUUAAAUCAAUUUAAAGACAUCAACACCAAAGUAUAUUGUGAAUCUGAUGAUUUAUCAAGUAUAAACAACUCAUUAUCCAACAUUGCCUCCUUUUUUCAAUUAUCUUCAACUAAUAUGAUUGAUGAAAGUUAUUUAAUAAAUACAAAGACCCUCGAGAAAUUCAAAAAUUAUCUAGAUUAUUUACAUUGUCUACUGGAAUUAUUUGAAAGAUGUAAGAAAUUAAGUGUUAAUCAGAUUGAUAUUUUAGAUAAACGUAUAAAAGAAAAUGAAAUUAAAUUUAAAAAAAUUCAAGAAAAUGAUGUUGAUAUAAAAGGUCAAGAUAUUACAAAAUUAAGACAAUUGAUUAUAAAUGAUAAACAAGAAAUUUUUCAACAAUUAAAUAAAGAUUGGUUAAUUAAACAAUGUUGUUUUCAAGAAUUUAUAAUGUUUCAAGAAACUCAAUUUUUAAUUAGUGAAGUUUGGUUAGAAUUUAUAAAAGAUAGAAGUAAAUUUCAAAAUAAACUAGGGGAAAUGUAUGAGGAUCUAAAUAGUGAGAUUGUGAAUGAUAUGCCAACAAGUAGGUAA